AUGUUUGUGCAGGUGCCGCUACACUCCCGAAGGGAAGGCCUCGACAGGAUCCCAGCUGAAGGUAACGGAGCAAAGGGAAAGGGCCGAGGAAGAGGGAAAGGCAAAGGCAAAGGCAAAGGCAAGGGAAGAGGCAAAAGCUCGAAGGAGCCUGUUCCAAAGUCGGACAAGGGCCUUGAGAAGAGGAUACAGAAGUAUGCGCGGGGAGACGUUGCGUUGCAAGAGGUGGUGUCAGGAAAGGACAAGAAGCUGUCCGGUCAGAUGAAGCAAAGAUAUCGCUCUGAUCAAGAGACGGCCUUUCGAUUGGCAAAAGCUGAGGUGCUGCAAACUGCCGAAGCUGGUUUCAUUGACACAGAGGAACAAGAUCAAACGAAGAGGCUUACACAGAAGGACAUCAUUGAAUCUGCUGGUGUAGGUGUUGCCCGGAAGCAUUUCUCCUUCGACCUGCCUUUCGGCCCAUAUUCCUGUUCCAUUUCCCGAAAUGGACAGAACAUGUUGGCUGGCGGCAUAAAAGGCCAUGUCGCAUUUAUGCAUCUGGAGUCGAUGAACAUCUUCACAGAGCUCCACGUCAAAGAGUCAGUGCGGGCAGUGCAGACCCUCCACAAUGAGAACAUGUUUGCGGUAGCCCAGAGGAAGUACAUCUUCAUCUACGACAAGCAAGGGAUAGAGUUGCAUUGCAUCAAGCAGCAAAAGUCUCCGAUGCACCUUGACUUUCUACCGUACCACUUUCUACUUGUCAGCGCAGGCGAACGUGGUGAGAUUACGUGGCGCGACAUCUCCUAUGGAGAACAGGUUGCUGAGCACAAAACUCAUCUGGGCCCCACCGCGUGCAUGCGGCACAAUCCCACAAAUGCCGUCAUGCACCUCGGUCACAACAAGGGUGUGGUGACCUUGUGGACACCGAGCGUAAAGGAGCCUGUCGUGAAGAUGGCGUGCCACAAUGCAAAGGUGAAUGCAAUCGCUGUCUCCGGCAAUUACAUGGUCACAGCAGGAGCAGAGUCGAAGUGGAAGGUGUGGGAUCUUCGGACGUAUGCAGAGUUGCAUUGCUACAGGACCCGCGGCCACGCCGUCAGCAGCAUAGACAUAUCCAUGACUGGUUUGGUGGCCACUGGUGCGGGCUGCCACCUGGAGGUCUGGAAAGAUGUACUUGCAUCGGCGAGACAGCCAAGGCCUUACAUCACCGAAGAGUACAAAGGGCGCAUGAUCAGUUGUGCGCGCUUCAGACCUUUCGAGGAUGUUUGCUGUGUUGGGCAUUCUGAUGGCUUUGGAAGUCUUAUAGUCCCAGGUGCGGGUAAAGCCAACUUCGACUCCUUCGAGGCAAACCCCUACGAAACAAAAUCUCAGCGAAGGGAGCGUGAGGUGAACUCUUUGCUGGACAAGCUGCAGCCAGAUUCCAUCAUGUGA